AUGGGCUAUGCUUUGUCACAAUGUAAUCACACUCGAAGACCAGCUACAAAUAUCAAUGAGGCGCUGCUGAGUGCCUGUCAGCGAGGGUGCCGACUGUUCUCUGUCUGUCAAUUUGUGGAUGGUGUCAGUGGUUUGAACAGCACCAGGGCUGAGUGUGAGGCAGCAUGUUUGGAGGCUUACUCUCGGAUGGAAGAGCAGUGUGGCUGCAACACUGGCUGCAAGGAGCAGUACCUACAGUCAGAGAAAAGACAGAUGCAGCUUCUGACACCACCACCUGAAGCUUCCUCCAUCUUCGAUUAUGUGUUGACUCUCUGCAGUGACAUUGUCAGCUCAGCCCAGAGUUUAAUCUCCUCCACUUGGACCUUCUACCUCCAAGCUGAUGAUGGAAAAGUUGUCGUCUUCCAGGCUCACCCAGAGCUUGAAUUGUCCGCUCCGGAUUUACAGGCUGUGCAGUUUGAUGCGGGACAGGGCCCUGGCGAGUGGAAUCCUCGCGACCACAAGGAGUUGAUCCCAGGAACAGUAAAACCACAGACAGUUGUACAUCAAGGUGCGGAGAAGAGAGUGAGUGCAAGGCCACACCCUGUGUUCAAACAGGCAUCUGUACAUCAAGAGGGAUUGUCGUCUCAACAUGACUUCCUGGCCUGCAUGUCACGACGCUCUGGCCUUCCCCGCUGGAUCCUGGCUGCCUGCCUUGUGCUGUCUAUCCUGGUGAUGCUGUGGCUGAGCUGUGCCAGUUUAGUAACUGCUCCUGAGCAACAUGUGAAAUCGCAGCCUCUGAGCAUUAACGGUGAUCAGGAGGGGAUAGAGAAGACUCCCUUGUAUGGAUUGACUCCCCUCAUCACCAUCUCAUUCAGGGAGCAGGAGGAGGACAGUGUGGGGCCUCUGCCUGUGAAAGUGGAUCUGAGUAACACCAUCAUCUAGAAUUUUCCAUCUCCCAGUUUAAAGAGACAGUUCCAUCUUGCUUGCUCAUACUCCCAAGAAAACAUUGACUCAUUGAUCCCUGCCCUCCUGUUUCCAUUUUUAUUAUGAACUCAUUCGGGACUGGCACCCAGUCAAAGAAAACCUUGGAUUACACCUUCUAGAAUCAAGACAUUGAAAAUCUCUGGACGCUUGUUGGCCCAGGAUUCCAAAUUCCUCCUUCGUUAAAUUGAGGUCUGAAGGAAAAGUGUGCAAGUUUCUGGGACAUUCAGAUCUCCCUGGAUCAUAUUGUUACUUGACUACUUGUUCUCAUUCUUUGGGACCAUGUAACGGAGCUCCUUGUUUGAUCUUUGGUUCUUGUAACUGUGACUGGGUGAGUUUUAGGGGAAGGGGAUCUGAGUACAGUUUCUCUGUCUGUUAGAGAAUGAGGGAUUCCUGGCCUAGAGGCAAUUGAUUUCUGACGGGACAAAUAAUCCUGACCAAAUAGAUAAUGGGUACGAGCAUGUAUCCUGUGCUGAAAUGAAAAGCUUUCUACAGUGUUGAUCUUGAGUGCAUCAAUUCCAGCAUGGGAAUGAGUUUAACAUGACACCUUAUCCAUCCACCAGUCAGCUCUUAUAGGACCAGCCAGGCCUGAGUUUGGCACUGGCAAGGCCUGAAAGUAGAAGGGAGAUGUUUUAGGCCAUAGAGUGACCGGCAUCAUUUGACAGAGUUGGGGUCUUGCACCAUCAGUGGGUAAUGAACAGGAAUUUGAUUUAAUUUUAUUAUUGUCACAUAACACAGUGAAAAGUAUUGUUUUGUGUGCUAUCCAGGCAAAUCAUAGCUUACAUGAGUACGUUAGGGUAAUAGAACAGAAUGCAGAAUACAGUGUUACAGCUGCAGAGAAGGUGCCGAGAAAGAUCACCUCUAAUAUCUGAGGGAUUUAUUCAUAAGUCUUACAACAGCAGGACAGAAGCUGUUCUUGAAUCUGUUGGUACGCGUAUUCCAACUUUUAUAUCUUCAGCCCGAUGGAAGAGAGUAUAACUGGGGUAGAGGGAGUUGGGGGGGGGCGGUCUUUGAUUAUGUUGGCUGCUUUCCCAAGGCAGUGGAAGUGUAGAUGGAAUCAGUGGAUGGGAGGGUCUGAAGAAGGGUCUAGGCCUGAAACGUCAGUUUUCCUGCUCCUAUGAUGCUGCUUGGCCUGCUGUGUUCAUCCAGCUCCACACCUUGUUAUCUCAGUGGAUGGGAGAGCUGCUUUGUCUGAUGGACUGGGCUGUGUUCAUGGCCCUCUGUAGUUUUUUGUGGUCUUGGGCAGAGCAGUUGCCGUACCAAGCUGUGAUGCUUCCAGACAGGAUGCUUUCUGGGGUGACAGGAGUUGGACAGAAGAAAUAGAAUAUUUUUAACAAAAGUGGAAAUUGCUGGAAAAUCUCAGCAGGCCUGGCAAUAUCAGUGAAGAGAAAUCAGAGUUAACGUUUCAGGUCCAGUGACCCUUACUUAGAACUGGACCCUAAAUAUUAACUCUUGAUUUCUCGCCACAGAUGCUGCCAGUUCUGCUGAAAAUUUUGAGCAGAUUCUGUUUUUUGUUUCAGAUUUCCAGCAUCCACGGUUCUUUCGGGUUUUAUUUUUAGAAGAGUUUUUAUUUGAUUCAGGUGUUUUUUGAGUAACAGUUUGGGAAUGUGGUGAGAAGGGGUCUUGUGUAGAGGGAGAAUCCAGUAGUUCUGCCCUCAGGAAGCUGUAACCUCUAUAUCCUUAAAAAUGCUCACAGAGGAUAGCUCUGUUCAUCGCUGGGUAUGGGGUGAGUGGCUGAUGGGGUUUCAUUCUUGAAUAGAGAUGUCAUGAGUUGCAUGGAUGGAUUUAAAAUUGUGUUAGGACUGUGAAAAUAAAUUGCCUUUUAGAAUGGGUUGUGAAUUGGGGGAAAUGUUUAGGGUGGAACCAGCCCUAGUUCCUUCUGGGAUUUGAUUGCGGGGAAAUCUCUUCAACCAUUCCAACUCGAGAAGGUAAAGGUCAAAUAAGUCGGCCUUCCCGCUGACCAGGAAGUGUUUCAUUGUGUCCCGUCCUGAUCUUGCAAGUGAUUCCUUUUGCAUUUUUAUCCAAAACGGUCGGGAUUGUUGAUCGACCAGCGGAGACGAGAAGCUUUGAUGAAAUGGAACCUUCUGAUUGACAGCCCCUGUGAGUGAUAGAGGUGUCCGGAGUGUCAUCAAAGCCUCUGAACUGAUAUUAAUUAAUCAAGUCUUUCGCUCCUUCCUGUGAAGUGUACCUUGCCUCUAUUUAAUCCACUUUCCAAGAGCAUUUAUUGAUAAUUAUUGAUUAUUCUAUGAAGAAAGGCUGAGGGACUUGGGUCUGUUCUCAUUGGAGAGAAGGAGGCUAAGAGGGGAUUUAAUAGAGACAUACAAGAUGAUCAGAGGAUUAGAUAGGGUGGACAGUGAGAGUCUUUUUCCGAGGAUGAUGACUUCAGCUUGUACAAGGGGGCAUAGCUACAAAUUGAGGGGUGAUAGAUUUAAGACAGAUGUCAGAGGCAGGUUCUUUACUCAGAGAGUGGGAAGAGCGUGGAAUGCCCUGCUGGACAAUGUAGUUAACUCAGCCACAUUAGGGGCAUUUAAACAGUCCUUGGAUAAUCAUAUGGAUAAUGAUGGGAUAGUGUAGGGGGAGGGGCUUAGAUUAGUUCGCAGGUCGGCGCAACAUCGAGGGCCGAAGGACCUGUUCUGCGCUGUAUUGUUCUAUGCUCUAUGUUCUAAAGAGAUCACUGCCCAUGAGCAGCCCGUGUGUAGGCAAGCUGCUCAACUAUGGCAGGCAUUGCUUUAGAUCCCACUUCUGUGAUAAAUGGAGCUAAGCGACUGAGCUGAUGCAAUCAAAUUAAACGGCCAAAUAAAAGCAGCAAGGUCUCCUAAAGUUCCAACAUCCUCAACCUCCUGUAUCCCUGUGUACACAACCCAUUGUGAUCAGGUCAAGAAUACAGACUGUCAUCUUCAUUGACCCAACUGAGACCAACAAAGGCCAGAAUACAACCUGAGAAUGUUCCCUCUGUGAAAUGCAGCAUCUCACAAGGCAUGGUGCCAUUCCUUGAUGUAUAAUAUUUACAGACUGUUGGCUAAUGAUCCUGUUGUUCACCAUGUGAUUUGGUUUUCAUUUAACAUGUGUUUAAAUUUAUGGUGUAGUUUUGAGUCCCCUGAAGUUUACAUGGUUACACUCUCUGUCUUUAACGGCCUCUCUCCCUCUCUCUCUCUGAUGCUCCUACCUUAGCCUCUGUCACACUCCCACAGGAACAUUGUCAAAUACAAUUUAACAGCAACCAAAGUAAGUCAAUAUUGGGUCAGAUGACAAUAGCUUAGCCAAAUAAAUAGAUUUUAAGGAGUGUCUUAAAGGAAGAAAGAGAUAUACCAUAGAGAGCUGCAGAGGUUUAGUGAGGGAAUUUCAGAGCUGAUGUUCCAGGCAGCUAUAGGCCCUGGUGCACAGGAGGGGACCGAUUGAAAGUCCAGGCUGAGAAUUGUAAAAGUGACCUGUUGCUGGUCUGGCAGCCAGAGGUGAUCAUAGAGCGAUAUACACACUUUCUCACCAGUUGCUUUGUUUAGAACAUAGAACUGUACAGCACAGGAACGGGCCCUUCGGCCCAUGAUGUUUUGCUGAACAUGUGCUAAAUGAAACUAAUCCCUUCUGCCUGCCAUUGGUCCAUUCCCUGCAUAUUGAUGUGCUUAUCUAAAAGUCCUUUAAAUGCCGUUAUUGCUUCUUUCUCUUUGUUUUUUAAAAAUUUCUCUUGCUGUCUGUGUAUCUGUUUCUGCAUCUCACGCAUUCACUCCAUUUUCUCUUUCUUCUCACACUUGCACACUGUCCCUUUCUCUUACCAUUUUUACAAUCUGGUUUGUUUGUGCAUGCUCUGUCUCUCUCUCUCUCUCUCUGUCUGUCUCUUUCCUCCACCCCCCUUUCACCGUACUCUCACUAUUUCUCUUUUUGUUUACUGGACUGAAGUGCUUUAAUGAGAUGACUGUGUAGUAGGCCGAUUGACAGAGAGUGAUUGUCAAAACCCCAUUAUCAUUGUCGUGUGUGAUUGGAUAAUAGAAGUUAAUUAGAUGGAUUCUGGUCUCUGAUUUAUGAAAAUGUUUGGUUUGAUCCUGGUGUUUGCUGGUUACAAUAUCCAGGGGUGAGACAUGUCCACCAAAGAAAGCUGAGAGUGGCCUGGCGUUAUGUUGGGCAUUGACUGCUAGCCACAAGGAGCCUGUCACACUCUGGGCACCAAUUACACACUAAUAGCUGUCUGUCACUGUGGUUCAGAUGUGUUUGUGCCUGGGGGUAGGGUAAUGGACUGGCUGUGUUACCGGACUAGCAAUGCAGAGACUGAAACUGAUGACAAGAUACAAGAGUUCAAAUCCCAAAAGCUAAUGGACUCAUUAAUUAUUCAGUUAAUUAAAUUAAUAAAUCUGGAAUUAAAGUGCUAGCAUUAGUAAUGGCAACCACCAAAACAUUACCAGAUUGAUGAUUUUUACAACUGGUUCACUAAUGUUCUUUCAGGUUGAAAAUCUGCCUGAUUCUGAAAUGACCUAGCAGAAUAUUCCAAGGGGUUCUAAAAGCUGACUUGUGAUAGAAUUAAUUAGAGAUGGGUAAUAAAUAACUAGCUCAGCCAGCAACACCCAGAUGCCAUAUCACAUGAAAGAAAGUCCCAGUUGAUAGGAGGCCAGAACAUGGGAUCACGGGAGCUGAAUGGAGGGAAAGGGCGGCUGUGCUGAUAGCAACUCAUAUCAUGACAGGACCAGAGUGUGGGAUGGAUAAAAACACAUGGAAGGCUGGAAUCAGGCUGUAAAAUGAUUGACCUCAUGAUUGACUCCUGAAGGCUGUAGGGUUCUUAAGUGGAAGAUGAGAUGCUGUCCUUUAAGCUUGUGCUGAGACUUCUUAGAGCACUGCAGCAGGCCUGCAACAGAAAUGUUGGCAUGAAAACACAAUGGUGUACUGGAGUGGCCAGCAACUGGACGUUCAUGGUCAUUAUGUGUUCUGUAAAGUGGUCGCCCAGCCUGCAUUCAUCUCCCCAGUGUAGAGGAGACCACAAUGUGAGCAGUGAAUGUAGUUGACUAGACUGUGUGAGGUGCAGGUGAAGCACUUCUUCACCUGGAAGGUUUGAAGAUAAGGAGGGAGGAGGUAAAAGCGUUAUGCCUCUUGCGAUUGCAUAGGAAGGUGCCGUGGGAAUGAGUGCAGUGGAGUGGACCAGGGUGUCUGGAGGAAGCGGUGUUGUGGCAUUUACUGCCCAUCCCCAGCCAACAUUGAGAAGGUGAGGAUGAUCUGCCACCUUGAACCGCUGCAGGCAGAGUGCUGUGGGUUGACCCAUGAUGCCCUUGGGGAAGGAUUUCCAGGAUUUUGACCCAGUGACAGUGAAGGAACGGUGAUAUAUUUCCAAGUCAGGAUGGGGAGUGGUGCUCCCAUGUAUCUGCUGCCUCUGUCCUUCUGGAUGGUGAAGGUGGCACGUUUGAAAAAGUCUGUCAGAAAAACCCUGAAGGCUUUAGGCACAGCUCAGACCAAGGUUUGGGAUACACUGGGGAGACAUUCUUUUCAAGCUCCAGUUUAUGAAGGUUAUAGCACCGUCUGGGGUAAAGUUAAUCACUUGUUUUGUUAGCCAGGAGAAUGCUCUCUAUGAGGAGGGUGUACCAGUGUGAGGAAGCGGCAUCGCAGUCAUUUUGGAUCCUGACUUCAACUGUUGAGAGUUCCUUCCCCAAGCCGAUAACAUGUUAGAGCCAAAGAUUUGAAACUGAACAGAACUCUGGCACUAACCUGGGCCGUGACGUUUGAGCUUCUGCAUUUUGGUGCCACGUUCACUGGCUGAAUCCAACGUAGCUGUACUUUCAAAACCGACACUUUCAAACCAAAGUUCUCUUUCUCAGAACGGAAAUGCUGUCAACUUAAACACUCUGUUGGAAAGCAUUAGGGUCAGGAAAUGUAGUGGAGAUAGAUUCAGAGCCUACACUAUGGAUAUCAUUAAAUUUUAUACUUUCACCUCUAUCGGUGGGGGGUGGUGUUUAAUGGGGGGAGUUUUCAUCUGACUAGAGCUGGGUCUGUGUAAUUAAUAUGUCCUGCAGUGAGGGGUGACAGUGCAGAGGGAGCCAAACAGACCUGAGAUGAGGGGUCACUCUCUGUUUGCUCAGAAAUGGCCUCCUUUGAUCCUUUCUUAAUUUUCCCAUCGCAUUCUCAUGAUGUAGCUAUGGUAGAACAUCCUUGGGUUAGCAUUUCUUUUAAAGGAUUAUUCAUCCUUGUGUUUAUGUGUUCGUGUGUGUGUGCCUGUGUGUCUAUGCGUGUGUGUUGGUGUGUGUGCGCGCGCGUGGACGUGUGUGUGUGUGUGUGUGUGUGUCUGUGUGUGUUGGUGUGUGUGCGCGCGUGUGUGUGUCUGUUGGUGUGUGUGUGCGCACGUGUGGAUGUCUGUGUCUGUGUGUGUGUGUGUCUGUCUGUGUCUAUGCGUGUGCGUGCGUGUGUGUGUGCGCGUGCGUGGACGUCUGUGUAUGUGUCUGUGUGUGAGUGUGUGUAUGGGGGGUGGGGGGGGGGAGGUUUGUGGGGGAGUGGUUUGUCAGUCUCUAUUACAGGGUGAGGCUCGGGCAGGCCCAGUGUCCUGGAUUUUGGCCCAGUCACAUCCCUUGAAUGAAGAAGGUCCUCCUGUGGACUCCAUCACAAACUGAGGGCAAUGACUGAGUCUCGGACACUGGCCCCUUGAGCAGAUUUCUCCUCCUGCUGCUCAGGAGGUGGGGGUCAUUGGUACCAGCUACCCCCAUGCCCCGCCAGCCUCAGUGCCCACGCCUCGUGCAACUACAUGGACAGCUGUUUGACUGUGGGCAGCAUCACAACUGAGAUCAAUCCAUGCCUUCAAUGAAAUGCUGUUAGUUUGUGGAUGAGUAAGGGUGGCGUGAGUGCUGGUUGUUUACGCUGAACUGUGAAGGUCAGAGGUCACUUGCAAAACCUGCUUCACUCCAGUGUCAAGGGGACAGACUCAUGUUAAAGUUGGGUCCCUGGAUGUAAAUCAUCCUCAGGGGCCUUUUACCCAGGGUGGGGAGAGGCCAAAACUAGAGGGGCAUAGGUUUAAGGUGAGAAGAGAAAGAUUUGAAAGGGACCUAAGGAGUAACUUUUUCACACAGAGGGUGGUGUGUAUCUGCCAGAGGAAGUGGUGGAGGCUGGUACAGUUACAUUUAAAAGGCACUUGGAUGGGUAUUUGAGUAGGAAGGGUUUAGAGGGAUAUGGGCUAAAUGCUGGAAAAUGGGACUAGAUUAGUUUAGGAUAUCUGAGAUAACAAGAUGUAGAGCUGGAUGAACACAGCAGGCCGAGCAGGAAAGCUGACGUUUUGGGCCUAGACCCUUUUUCAGAAAAUCUUAUCGGCACGGACAAGUUGGACUGAGGGUCUGUUUCUGUGCUGUAUAGUUGUCUGAUUCUGUGGCUAUAACCAAGACCCUUUAACAUUGACCAGGACUGGAGUCUGAUGUAGGAUCCAGGCUAAUUUUCCAGGAUGUAACUGACACGACCCUCUCUGUCUAUGUCUCUCUCUCUCUCUCUUUCUGUCUCUCACUUUGUCUCUCUCUCUCACUUUGUCUCUCUCUCUCACUUUCUGUCUCUCGCUCUUGCUCUCUCUCUCUCUCUCUCUCACUUUCUGUCUCUCACUCUCACUUUCUGUCUCUCGCUCUCGCUCUCUCUCUCUCCCUCUCCCCCUCUCCCCGUCUCUCUCUCUCAUCCCCCCUUCACUGUCCUCUCACUGUCCUCUUUCCCAUCCCCACAAGCUCAUGCCUGUGUUUAAGUAGAAUUUCCAGCCAGAUUUACCUUUUCAUGUUGUGGGAGAAGAUUUAAAUAAGACGCUGUUGAACUUUACCAUUUCUCAAUGGUUUCUUGUCGACCUGACCAGCUUCCUGGAGCGUCCUUCCGUCAAGUUCCAGACCAACCCAAGCUGAGACUCUGGGGAGGUAGAUGAGAAAAAUUAGGUGGACGGAGAGUUGCCAGUCCCUGAGCCUGGGGCCUGUUGGCUAUUCAGACAGCCUUGUUUUUGUCUUUCUGUGUUGGUUCCCACUGGAAUAUUCACAACCUAUAUCUGUCCCCGACUCCUGCCUCCAGCUGUUACUUAUCCUUCCAGUCAUUGUGGAAACUGCUCGAUUUUAGCAGCUACUCCACCUGCAGUCCCCUGCCCUCCAGACCCACAGAGUUCACGACUUCAAUCUGUAGCUGCCCAACCAUGGGGCCAGCCUAAACUUCCUUUCCAAGGAUGAGAAAGAUUGUUUUAAUUCCAACCCAUCACCAUCUCUUUUCACCUCCCUUGUCAUGUACUUGUUGAACUUCCCUGAAAUGUAUCUCUGCUAUUCCCUUCACCGUCUGGGAGCAAGUCCCAAAUUCUCACCUUCUCUGCAUUAUGUGCGUAUUCCUCAAUUCUUCAUUAGAUUAAUUCAUGACUGUCUCGGGUUUAUCUCCCAGUUCUGGUCUCGCUCACCUUCUGUAUGGCUGAUUUCUCAAAAGGCUUUUUAAAGACCUCUGUCAGGUCACCCCUCAUUCUCUUAUUUUGCCAGAAAGUUGCCCCAUCCAUUUUAGUCCCUCUCAAUAGUUAUAACCAAUCAGUCCGGUAUUAUCUAAUGUAAAUAUGUUUGUAGCUUCUGCAGUAACUCUACCCCUUUAGAAUUUUGAGAGCAAAACUGUUCACAGUUCUCCAAGUGUGGUCUAAUCAAAGUUCAAUGCAAGUUUACUGUAACUUCAGUUGUUUUUUACAAUUAAACCUCUCCGGAAAUGAA